CCACAAGGACGACGCGGAGAAAACGGUGACGCUGGUGAGCCCGGCCCGCAGGGACCUCCUGGAAACGAUGGUGAUCCUGGUCCGCCUGGUGUUCAGGGUCCACCUGGUCCUCCCGGCCCACCAGGUCCACCUGGCCAAAUUAUGAGUGUUCAGGCGCGCCGAUCGCCAACCAAGGGCCUCCUCUACGGUGAUGACCCUCAGGCCUCUCGCAAGAUCGGCAUGAAUGCUGUCAAGAUUCCGCGUGGUACACGUGACGUUCCUGCGCGCACUUGCGCCCAGCUGGCCGAAUUUUUCCCCAAGUAUCCCGAUGGACUAUACUGGCUGGACCCCAACGGUGGUUUGCCCGUCGAUGCUGUUCAGGUUAAAUGCAAGAUCCAAAGUAGGGAGACUUGCAUUUCGCCAAAACGUGGCAUCUUUGAAAUCAGCAAAUGGAUCAAGGUGGCUACAGAUGAACCCAGCUGGUUCCAGCAUGUCAACCAAUUUGGCGAGUUUGACUACGGAAUCGAUGCCGAUCAACUGAACUACCUUAAAAUCUUCAGUCACCGGGCAGUCCAGAGUCUGCACAUCAACUGUAAGGGUCUGGCGCAAUCCUCCAACGCUACGAACAUGAAUCUGGGUCUCCUUGGCGACGAUGACACCAUCCUGUCAAUGCAUCAUCCCAAGAGGCGAUUCAUACUGGAGAAAUCGACCUGUGGUCAGGUAAAUAACUGA